GUGUGUUCAGUUGUUGUAGAGCAGUUGAAGUGGAAGGUUCUUCGGAUUGAAACAGAAGAAAGUAUCGAGAAAAUGUGCAAAACAGAACCGUUUCAAGAGGAUCCCUCGCCAGUAGUUAUUCUUCACGAUGGACCUCUAUCAAUGAAAGAUUUCAACGCGGCUAAAGUCUACGAUUUCGACUUCAAAUAUGGCCAGAAAUCGGUCUUCGAUUUUCGUGAAGAUCUUGCAGCUAUUGACCUUAGUAUGAUGCAGACCAAACCCGUUGUACGCCGUCGCCGGAUUGUUAAAAAGCGAAAGUAUCCCAAGUUUGGGUUUGUCCCAAGUCUAGAGGACAUUAAGGAAAACGAACUUUUCGAAAUUUCAGCUGCUGUUGCUGAAGAGGAGAAGAAAGAUUUGGCGGCGAUUCAUCGCGAGCGAGCUCUCAGUUGUGGUAUGUCAGUAAAGGAGCCUGAGGGCCGUCGCCAUCGUCACAGACGACACUCGCGAAGAUAA